GUAAACCGGCCCCGGCUUAAAACAUGGUCAAAUCCGGAUCCAACCCGACCUGGACCCGCACCUCCCCCAAUUUUGGCGCCAUUGCGCGCGCGCCGCCGAAUUUUCCCGCCACCUCCUCCCUCUUCCUCGGCCACUCUCCUCCUCGUCUCCGUUCGCUAAACCCAUGUCGCUCUCCUCCAAGCUCUCCCAUGGCGUCGCCUCCCUCCCUCAUCCCCAUCCCCAUCCCCACCACCAUCACUCCAAUGCCCACCUCCUACGAUCGCCUCACCUCUACCUUAGACCCCAAACCUCCCCAAAACCCUCGUUCCGACCCCCUCUCCCCCUCCGCAACACUCUCGCCUCUCCGAGACUCGGGCGCCGCCCCCGUCGUUCCCCUUCUCUUCCCCGCGACUCCGUCGGAGGAGGGUGUAGCUCCGAGCAAAGCUGUGGGGAUGGGCGAGAGCACGAUCCUCCUCCAAUACCCUCGAAUGGAUUGCUUCGAUGCGCCACGCUGGUUGGUUCUGCGACGGUGGCGAGCAAAAUUCUGGGCCUGGUUAGAGAGAUUGUACUAGCUGCUGUUAUCGGAGUAGGUCCCGUGGCCACAGCAUUCAAUCAUGCUGCGGUGCUUCCGAGAUUUUCAACGUCCUUUCUGGGAGGUGUCAAUGGUCCCAUUCAUAUCACGGUUGCCACCACUCUGAGCAAGCUCCCAAAGGAAAAUAGGAAAGUGCUUUCAGAAAAGAUGCACGCUUUCAUGCUUUUGAUUGGGGCUGUUUUGGCUGUUCUUACUUAUAUCUAUUCAGAGGACCUUGUAUCAUUUUCUGCACCUGGGUUACAAGUGUCUCCAGAAAAUAAUCUAAUGAAAGAGAUGUGUAAGACUCAGCUGAAGCUAAUGACCCCAUGCAUUUUCCUUGCUGGAUCUGUUGGAGUUGGUUUUGGUCAUCUAACUGCAGAAGGAGAUAAUGUUAUUCCAUCGUUUAGCCCUGCCAUGACAAGCAUUGCCAUUAUAGCAUCUUGCAUUCUAUAUAUGUUAAUGAGGGGACUAGAUGUUUCGAGGUUUAAUGGUUCAUUGGCAGGAAUAUUCAUAUCUUCCGGAGCUUCAGUGGGAACCAUCCUGCAAUGGAUUAUCCAGGUUUCGCUCUAUGCAAAGCCCAAAAAGAAAGCUAAUUUUAUCUGGUGGAAGGACUUCUUUAAGGACAAAGAUAUUCACAAUUUAUUGUCCUUACUGCUUCCUGCAAUAUUAAAUUCAGGCUUGGUUCAGAUAGCGUCUCUUACAGAUCUUUAUUUUUCAUCGUUUGUUCCUGGUGCUGCUGCUGGUCUUUCUUAUGCAUUUAUCUUGGCAAUGGCUCCUCUGGGCAUAUUAUCAAGCAUAAUUAUUCUGCCCGUCUUACCUGCUUUCUCAACUCUUGCAGAGCCUUCCAUGUGGGUGCGCCUUCAGGAGAAUUUGGAAAAGGCCAUAUUACUCUGUUUGGUUAUUACUAUGCCAGUUACUUGCACCUUUUGUGUGCUGGCCGGUCCUAUCGUCAGUAUGCUAUUUCAACGGCGCAUGUUCGACUCUUCUGCGAGUUUAUUUGUUGCAUCUUUGCUACGUUGCUAUUUGAUUGGUUCGCCUUUUUGGAUUAUCCGCGAACUGUUUGCAGCAGUUUUCUACUCGCUUGGGGAUAGCAAGUCGCUGUUGCUAAUCAAUGUGACCGCUAUUGUGCUGAAUGGCAUUCUUGAUUGGCUUUCGGUCACUGUGCUUGGUGCAGGAGCUCAAGGACUGGCGCUGUCGACAUCGUGCGUUACUGCUUUCUCAGUCUUGGCGCUAUUUCUUCUUCUCUCAAAGAAACUAAAAGGAGCCGUCAACGUCAGAGCAAUUGGUGUGUUUCUUCCUCAAUUGCUUGCUAGUUGUGCCGCCUCGGGGUUCGUAGCGUCGCUCUCCUAUCGGACGCUGCGCUCCUUUUUAUCAGCUAACACCACUGCAAGGUUCUGCAGACUUGCAGAAGCCGCAUCGAUAUCGCUUGCCGGCCUGCUCGGAAUGUCCUCGUUUUACUUCUCUUUACUUCUUGCUGAUUUUCCAGGAAUGCAAAUUCUUAAUGGUUUGCUGAAAACAGUAAUGAAGAGGCUAAAUUUUGUUAAUGAUGUAUGGACAAAUGUUUAGCCCGAGUUUUAAGGAAUCAUUAUUUUAGAGCCUAUUUUAUCUUACUGUACUGGAUAGUAUUGUUUAAUAAAAUAUUAUCUAAAUACUAUUAACUUAA